AUGUUCCAUGGAUUGCCAAGUGAAGACCCCAUUGACCACCUUGAUGAGUUUGAUAGGCUUUGUGAUUUGACAAAGAUCAAUGGUGUCUCUGAAGAUGCCAUCAAGCUGAGACUCUUUCCUAUGUCUCUAGCUGACAAAGCUCACCAAUGGGAGAAGAGCUUGCCCCAUGGCACAAUCACCACUUGGGAUGAAUGCAAGAAGGCCUUUCUUGCUAAGUUUUUCUCCACCGGUCGCACAGCCAAGCUUAGAGGAGAGAUAUCCAGCUUCAUCCAGCGAAACAAUGAGACAUUCGCAGAGGCUUGGGAGAGGUUCAAAGGCUACACAAGUCAGUGCCCACACCAUGGAUUCAACAAUGAAUCACUACUCUCCACUCUUUAUAGAGGAUGCUUGCCUAGGUAUAGGGAGAUGCUAGACACAGCUAGCAAUGGGAACUUCCUCAACCAGGAUGUAGAUGAUGGCUGGCAACUUGUGGAGAACAUAGCUAACUCAAAUGGAAGCUAUGGAGAAGAGUAUGAUCGCACCAACGGAGCUCGACCCACCACUCGAUCGAGUCAGACGAAAAGUUGA